CAGAGACACUGUGAGGACCAGUGUGUGGAAUAAAAAGGUAUCCCACAGAUAUGCUCAAACUCUUUCAAGCAGAUCGGAUGGUCGGUAUUGGUGUUAUUUACAGGUUGACCAAAUUGGGACACUUUCUGGGGCUUGGUUUUGGUGAUCGUGUGUUCUUCUUGAUCUCUCCUCUAAACUCUUGGCUAACUAAAGUGAGCUCAUGCUAGCUCGAUAGUACCAGCACUCAGCCGGGCUGGAGCUGGGGCGCAGCAGCAGCGGAGCCUCUGGCCGACGAUCAUUUCCGACAGCUCCGUAUGGAUUUGACGUCGGCAUACAUUGUUGCUUGAUGUUUUACAAAGGCUCGAUUGCCGGUGAUUUCGAGGAUGGAGGAACCUUGUGACCUUAAGCACUUCGUAAAGUGUGGCGUCACUUUGGAGGGCUCAUUUCUCUGAUUUUGGAUUAUUCUUGGCCAGCAGCCUCUUCAGGCCUACUAAUCCUAGACGAGUUUCUCAAUGGACACUCUGCUCAAGUCAGAGAUCAGACAGGAGGGAAGUGAUGCCUCGGUGAAGGUGGAGGGCCUGUCCAAGGCAGCUCUAAUCAAAAGCCUGUCUCCCAGAGUCAUGCUAUCCAACCGUCUCUUGCCAAAAGGGACAAAGAUGAAGGUCAAUCUAGAGGAUCAGGGUCGACAGAAAGUGUCCUUCAGCUUCUCACAGACCAAGAAGCCACUGCAGAGCCUGUUCUUCAUCCCCACCAGUCCUGACAAGCCUGUCACUGAGCCUAACGCUGCCUUGUCACAGGCAGCCUCAGACAAAGGAGGGCAGAGUACCGACACCAAAACUGAGCAAAACCAGAUGCCCAUGGUGCCAACAUCAAUAACAGAGACACCUACUCAAACACUAGUCUCGUCUUCCACUAAACUGAAAACGGGCAUGGCAAAGAUGCAUUUCAAGAAGCAAAUUCUCAGUGUCUCUGUGACCGAAGAGAAACCAACAUCUGUUGUGCCAGAGGAGCCACACACCCCUGAAUCGCAGGUUCUACAGAAAUCUACAAGUGAAACUGAAUUUCCAACACCCCAGCCUCAGAAUGUUGCCAGUGUCGGCCCCUCUGAGAACGCUCACAUUGACGCCCCUGAGACAAGGGUGACCCCAAGCCUCAAGAAGCCAGUUGCUUCCUCAGGAAAAGAUGGAGAGAGUUCCAGUACUGCUGAGCAGGAUAGUAAAGAAGACAAAAGGAAAACCAGGUCCCAAGCUAAUAGUGCUCCCACUGGUUCAGAAUCAGAUGGAGAUUCAGGCCAGAUGUCUUCCAGUCGCAAAUCGGUUGACUCCAAAAGUAAAACAAGCUCUGACAACAGAAGCAAAGAGGUAAAAAAGUCUUCCUCUGGUUCACACGUGGAGGAAAAGGAAAAAAGUUCCUCCAAGCGGUCAGAGAAUCAUGAGAGGUCUUCAAGUUACUCAAAGUCAGACCGUGACUCCAGACACACAUCGUCACGCUCGUCUCGGUCAGACAAGGAUCGCAGAAGGUCCAGGUCUAGAUCGCGUUCUAGAUCACGAGGGUCUCGAACAAGUUCGUCUCACUCCAGAUCAGAGAGAUCCAGAGGCGACCGAGGAUCACGGUCUGAAAGAUCAUACUACCAUGACUCUGAUCGGAGAUCACACAGGAGCUCUCCACGCAGAGAUAGAAGACGUUCUCGCUCUCGCACUGACAGAAAUCGGGAUAGUUCUGACUCUGAGGAUGACCACAGGAAGACAAGGAUGAGGACAAGUGACUCCAGUAGACUCUCCACCCAUUCAAGCUCACAUAAAGAAUCAAAAUCAUCUUCCUACUCCAAAUCUGAGAAAGCCUCAAAAUCUGCAGAUUCUCCUCACUCUUCGGAGUUGGAUAAAAGAACACAAUUGUCAAAGUCUGAAAGGACUUCAAAGCGACUAUCAGACUCUGAUUCGCAGUGCAAAUGCUCUCCUGAUCCAGACUCCAAUUACCGGAAAUCUAGCACCCAUCACAAGUCAGAGACCAACAACAAACCCUCAUCUUCCAGUAUGCAUACCCACUCUCAAACUGAAAAACGACAGAAAAGCAGCUCUAGUGACUCUGAGGCAGAUCAUAAGGGAAAAUCACAGGCCUCUGACAAAAGCUCUGGCUCAGAGGAGAACUAUAAAAACUCCUUUAGGAAAACCAAUAGACCAGACUCGAAGCAGUUAACCCCUUCUAGGUCUUCUGUGAAAGUCAGCGGACAUGAAAGACAAUCAGACGACAUAUUUCACAGCCCUGGCAAAACACCAUCAAGUGCAAACACCACAGAAUCGAGUUCUCAAAGUGAAAAAGAAAAAUGUGAUUCCCAACGGGGUGGAAAUGAACAUAGUAGUCAAGAUUUUAAGGAGAUGGUCUCAUGCACUGAUAAGAGUUUGCAAGAAUCGCCAACAAAGAGAUCAACAGAAACAAAAUCAGGUCUUGAAGUUGAGAGUAAAAAUGCCUCAACUAUAACCUCAAGUGAAAGCUUAAAGCAUGUAAAUGCAGCCCUGGAAAACUUGACCAAUGUGAAGGAUAGCCUUUCUUCUAAUAAUCGACCACAUGUGAACUCAGAUGCAGCUGUCUUAAAUUCAUGCAGUAGUAUUGAUAGUAUAAUGUGCAACCAGGACAAGAAAGCUGCUGACUGUUCACCAAGGCCAAUGUCCUUACUUGAUAAAGCAGAUGUACCUGUCACCCACGAUGUCCAGCAAAACACUAAACCAGAGCUUGUUCAAGUUUUACCAGUCGACAAGUCGUAUGGCACAAGCUUGCCUCUCAAAUCCGAUUCAUCUUCCCUUGAAUCUGAGGAUCAGCUGACUCAUGAACAGCAAAAUAUGGAGACUGUUAAAAAGAACAGCAGUACCACCAGAAAGUCCAGAUGGGAUAUUGUCGGGCAGGACACCUCAGAGAGUGAUAACUUACAGAGGACAGUUUGUUCAGAGAGUAAGCCAGCUGUUAAGAAAGUGAUCUCUGUCAAAAAAAUAGAGUUUUCUAAAGACAAUAGCCAACAGGACUCUGACGUUAAAGAUGCUGUUCAGCAAGAAGCUAAAACACAUUCCAUAGUGGUGAAGCAGACUGAGAUCUCUACACAGAAAGUCGGCUCAGACAGCACAUCCAUGACCGACAAAUACAAAGACCAAAGUGAGCCUUCGAAAGCAAGCACCAGCGUUGACCUCUGUGACUUAAAACCAAGUGUUACUCAAAAAACAAACACAGACGAGCCUCUGCAUGUAAAUGAUUCGUCACAGGUCGACAAAGCUGCAAAGAUGCAGAGUUGGAAUGGCGAUGAUCAUGAAGAAAAAACCAAGGGCAGCACUCACAAGAGCAAAUUGAGUAAGAAAACAUUACUUAAUCAAGAUGCGUUAGGAGGCCAGAGUGAGGUCAGUGAUAGUGACAACUCGGAGUAUGACUCCGAUUGCGACGAGGCUAUAAAACGAUUGCAUUCUGUGGUGGUGGUGCCAAAGAAUUCUACCCUAACAAUGGAUACGCAGGACACGGGAGCUUCGUCAUGCGGUCUAAUGAAUAGUUCAGUACUGCAGAAUGUGAACACUGAUGAAGUCCCAAAUCAAGUCAGCCCAAAACAAAAGCAGGGGAGUCCAUCCACAUUAGUGGAGACCAGUGGUCCAUGUGCUGGUGUAAAUGAGUCAUCCCAUAGCAGCAUGGUGUGUCAGUCCCAGAGUAAUAUGAUUGACAGCACCAGUCACUCGGAGGGCUCCAGCUCCAACAGUGCACAGCUUUACAUGGCUGGUCAUAUCAGUGCUCCUGAAAGUGCCACAGAUCCUGCCCACAGCCUCGACAAUUCCAGACAGUGUGAGCAAGGCCACAAACAGCAUACUGUAAACAGCAGAGGUGAAAAGAUAUACUCCCAUUACCAACAUGGUGAUUUCUCCAAUUCUGACAGUAUCAAUGACAAGAAUGGACUCAGCCUGGGUUGGGAUUUUUCGCAACUAGAGCAGCCCAGUAGUACAUACCAGCAGCCUGAUAGCAGUCACGGUCCUCAGCUACCAAACACUAAACUUACAGAAACCUCUCUCAAAGAACAGGAGCACAGGCCGAAUAAUGCUACCUGGAACCACCAAUCCCCAAACACACAGACUAGCAGACAACCCUACCUCCAUGGUCAUGGGCACUGGCAUCAGGAUCUUGCAGGUGAAAUCCAUCCAGACUCCCUAACUAACGAUCAGGAUGAUUACAAUGGGGAUAAAUUAUCUGAUCUGAGUAAAACAGCUGCUGAAAUUAGUGGACCCAACACACCUGGGUCAUCAAGCUUUGUACAAGGUCAUGAAAUAAGUAGCAACAGCAGGGGGUCGGCUGUGCCUGACCCCCCUAGAGAAGACAAUUUUAGACCCCACAGAGGCCGGGGCCCUCCUAAGAAAAGGCGUCCAGAGAUUGAGUCUGAUUCAGACAACGAGGCAGAAGCUGGACCUGCAGGCAAGAGGGAACGCCAAGGAGAGGCUGAUGUUUCGAAGGAUACUCCUGUCAAAGCUGAGGUGCAGCGUCCAUCACUCAAACUGCGAGACUUUCAGGACGCCAAUAGAUGGAAGGAGUUUGCAAAGUCUAAGAAGAUGCCACCUUACUUUGACUUGAUUGAGGAGAACUUGUACCUGACUGAGAGAAAAAAGAGUAAAUCUCAUCGAGAUAUCAAGAGAAUGCAAUGUGAGUGCCCUGUGCUGCCCAGAGAGGAGCGUUCAAGGGGAGUGUUAGCCUGCGGGGAAGACUGUUUAAACCGGCUGCUGAUGAUUGAGUGCUCCUCGCGGUGCCUGAAUGGAGCCUACUGCUCUAACCGACGCUUUCAGAUGAAACAACAUGCGGACUUUGAGGUUAUCCUCACAGAGGACAAGGGCUGGGGACUACGGGCAGCGAGAGACUUGGCUCCAAACACCUUUGUACUGGAAUACUGCGGGGAGGUGUUGGACCACAAGGAGUUUAAAAUAAGGGUGAAAGAAUAUGCUCGCAAUAAGAACAUCCAUUACUACUUCAUGUCUUUAAAGAAUAAUGAGAUCAUUGAUGCAACACUGAAGGGUAAUUGCUCUCGGUUUAUGAACCAUAGCUGCGAGCCCAACUGUGAGACCCAAAAGUGGACUGUCAAUGGCCAGCUCAGAGUUGGGUUCUUCACCACCAAGGCGGUCACUGCAGGAGCAGAACUGACAUUUGAUUACCAGUUCCAGAGAUACGGCAAAGAAGCACAGAAAUGCUUCUGUGGGGCACCCAGCUGCAGAGGCUUCCUGGGUGGAGAGAACAGAGUUAGUGUUCGGGCAGCUGGUGGGAAGAUGAAGAAAGACCGCAGUCGAAAGAGUGCUCUCACCACGGUUGAUGAGGAGCUGGAGGCAUUACUGGAGAACGGAGAAGGCCUUUACGAUGAAAAACAGGUCGUGUCUCUCUGCAGACUAAUGGUCCGAGUGGAAACCAUGGAGCAGAAACUCAUCUGUCUUAAGCUCAUACAAGAUACUCAGAAUCCAUCAUGCCUGAAGCAGUUCCUGGAUCAUCAUGGAUUGUCUUUGCUGUGGAUCUUUAUGGUGGAGCUUUCUGAAGCUAAAGGCAACAGUGCCAAUAACAUCAAGCUGCAGUUACAGAUUAUGAAGACCUUGGCUGUGUUGCCCAUCUCUACUAAGAACAUGUUGGAGGAGAGCAGAGUCCUGACCUUCAUCCAGCGAUGGGCCCAGACAAAAACUCUCCCUCACCCUGCUGAGAUGGACGGCUACUCCAGCGAGAACACCUCCCGUGCUCAAACACCCCUUAACACCCCUGAUGGUUCCUCCAACAAACUGGGACCAGAAAUGGAUGGAGACACCUCCAAACCUGCUGUGUACCGCCGCCUUAAAAUCAUCAGUGAAAACAGUCUGGACAGCGCCCUCUCUGAUGCCAGCAAAGCUUCUGACGGGAAGGAAGAAGAGGAGGAGGAGGAUGAUGAGGAAGAAGAUGAAUCAUCGAACGCAGGACUUCCUGAGGGCAAACAGUUGAAGGCAGAGCCCGUGUGCGACGCUGCAGAUCCAACUAAAGGAACGACGGAAGAGUCUGUGAAAGAGGAGGGGCAUGUUAAAGAGAAGGAAGAAACGAGUCCAAGCAGUCAACCCCAACCCCCACCUGAGGAGGUAAAAGAAAAAAUGGAGUUGGAUUUGGAGACAGAUGUUGAGAUGAAAGAGGACACGAGUGAAGGUCGUGCCGAUGAACUUGAGGGUCCAAAAGAGCCUAAUGAAGAGCAGGAGAGUGUGGAGGAGCAGACCAGUGAGGCAGUGACAGAGAAGGCUGAACUGGAAGGAGACCAGCCCGCUGUCAAAGUUCUCGAGCCAGAGAGUCAGUCCAUCCAAACUGAUGUUGCUGAUGUUGCUGAUGUUGCUGAUGUUGCUGAUGUUGCUGAUGUUGCUGAUGUUGCUGAGCCGCCAUCAGAGAAUAUGGAAGCCCAGGCAGAGACACAGAAGGCAGAGAAACCUCCUCUUGGCAGUGAGGUACAAUCUGGUGAAUCUGCCACAGACGCCGUCCCAAGCUCUGACACCACUGAGGCCAGUAUGCCCUCUGAGGUCAUAGCGACUCCCGCGGACCCCUCAGUGAUUGGUACUCCGUCUCAGGAUGAAGAGGAAGGCGUCUCAGAUGUGGAGAGUGAGAGGAGUCAGGAACCCCAACUUACUGCUUUGGACAUCAGUGGCAUGGCUGCCAGGCUUCUGGACAGCUGGAAGGAUCUGAAGGAGGUGUACAGAAUACCAAAGAAGAGUCAGGUGGAAAAAGAAGCAAAUGAUCGCAGCCGAGAUCGAGACACAGCUUUGACGCCGCGCACCGCCUCUGGUAGCCGAGAGCGUGAACGGGAGCGAGACAAGGAGAGGGAACGAGAAAGAGACCGAGACUAUGACAGAGACAGGGAUCGAGACUGGGAAAGGGACAGGGACAGGGACAGAGACAGAGACAGAGAUCGUGACCGGGACCGGGACAGGGACCGGGACAGGGACCGGGAUCGGGAUCGGGAUCGGGACCGGGACCGAGACCGGGACCGGGACCGAGAUAGAGUCUCUGACAAAACCCCACAACGCAGCACAGAGAGACGAAGGAGACGCUCCAGUUCUCCACCCUCGUCAUACGAGAGGAGCAGCCGCCGCACUGAGGAACGGUUUGACCCAUCUAACAGCAACAAGUCAAGGGGAGUUGGGGCCAAGGAGCGCAAUAAGCUGUCCACCGAGGAGCGCAGAAAGCUGUUUGAGCAGGAGGUUGCACAACGGGAAGCCCAGAAACAACAACAACAACAACAACAACAACAACUUCAACAGCAGCAACAACUUCAAACUAUGGCCUACGACCCUGCUCUGGCCUAUGCCUCCAGCCCUGGCUUCAUCACCUACCCUCCUGGAUAUCCCAUCCAGACCUUUGUGGAUCCUUCCAACCCCAAUGCAGGCAAAGUGCUGCUACCUACCCCUACGGUUGAACCCACACUGAACUAUGAACAGACACCUCCUCAGCGUCUUAUAUCAGAUCUGGGUCUGUCCUCUCCAUCCUCCACAUCCCAAGCCACUCCAGUCUCUAAUCUCUCUCAGCACAUCACCACCCCAGACCUCGCCACUGGCAACCCCCAACAGUAUACCCAGCCAACUGUAGCAACCCAGGACGCAGGCGUAGCUGUCCUCUCUGUGCCCGCCCAGGCGGCCCCUCAGGUACAGGGCCAGCAGAGCUACACUACUCUUUGGGAUCCCACUACUCAGCAGACAGUGACUGUGCAGACGCAGCCUACACAGCAGUACGCCACAGCCCCAGCACCGGCUCAGACACAGACGGCCAUCUACUACCAGGGUCAGCCAUGCCAAACCAUCUACAGCAUCCCCACCGCCUACCCACAGACCAACACUCCCGUCAUACAGGCCUACACUGAACCCACAGCCAGCUACCUGCACGGCCAACCUGUGUAUCCUGGCCAUCAGCAGGGAGUGGUGGUGCAGCAGGGAGGCACAGUCACCACCAUUGUCACAUCCCAAACUGUCCAACAGGAAAUGAUUGUACCCAACAAUGUGAUAGACCUGCCUCCUCCCUCUCCCCCCAAACCCAAAACCAUCGUCCUACCUCCAAACUGGAAAGUGGCCCGUGACCCUGAAGGCAAAAUCUACUACUACCAUAUUGUCACAAGACAAACACAGUGGGACCCUCCAACCUGGGAUGGAAGUAGCGACAACACAAGUGUGGACCAUGAAUCUGAGAUGGACCUGGGAACACCCACCUAUGAUGAGAAUCCUUCCAAGUUCUCCACAAAGACAGCUGAGGCAGACACUUCCAGUGAGCUGGCUAAAAAGAGUAAAGAGACAUUUCGCAAAGAGAUGUCCCAGUUCAUAGUGCAAUGUCUAAAUCCUUAUCGGAAGCCAGACUGCAAACUUGGACGCAUCAGCAACACAGAAGACUUCAAACACCUGGCUAGAAAGCUAACUCACGGAGUUAUGAAUAAGGAGUUGAAAGCUUGCAACAAUCCUGAGGACCUUGAGUGUAACGAGAAUGUGAAGCACAAGACCAAGGAGUACAUCAAGAAGUACAUGCAGAGAUUCGGCCCCGUGUACAGGCCCAAGGAGGACACAGAGGUGUACUAGGUGUUACACUCGCUCUGCUCUGACACCGGAGAAGCACACAUUUGCCUUUCCAUUCACUCCUUCAUGUAUGUUACUGGCCAGCCUGAGCUGUGAAGUAGUUUCUUAUUUAUGACUAAGAAUUGCACUGCUGCCCGAAAAGCUCCAGGCCCCAUGGAUCACACGGAGGGGCCCUGUUCUAGAGACUGACGGAGACUUGAGUGUCGCCAAAAAAACUCAUGGUGCAGUGUUCUCAAAGGACGACACUGCGGGGUGCUACAGAGACUAACGUUUUCACUGACUGUUUGAUUUUAAGCAUUUUUUGUUUUUCUUCCAUUCGUGGCUCUUAAAUGUUCCCAAGAUGAUCACCUCAAUUCCACUUUUUAAACUCUUCUAGCCCUGAAUGAGGAUUACUCCAUGUAAUCCGCUUUGGUAUCAUAUUUAUCAGAGUUAGUUUGUUACUUUCCACUGUUCAAAAUGGAUCAAUGAACGAACAGUCCAGUCGUUUUCCCCCCUCCCACUUCCUUUUUUUCGUGUGCACCCUCCGCCCCCCCCCCCGCCACUGACUCUGUAUCUGGUGCUGCUUUUAACUGGGCUGUGGAGGUCCAAGCUUCCACUCCUCAAACCCUGCCUUCUUAACCACAAGACUUUGGAGCCUCUGUUGUUUUAUGAAUGCAUGAUGUAGGCUGAGGUCAGUUUGGUAUCCUUAUGGAAAUUCCUACGUUUUCCCCGUCUUCUGCUUCAAGUAAUAUGUCCUCACCGAAUGAGCUCUCGCUCACAGUACACUUAGGGAUCAGCUAAUAACAGCAGGUUGGCAAGGUGAUCAAUAUGUCUUUUACGAAUUUAUGUAUAAUAACGGGAGCAGGGUUUGAAUGCUGUGUUUGAUGUGCCGUUUAGCUGUGUAUCAAAUUUUCCCCAUUUCCUGUCCAGCCCCUCUCCCAGCUUGUUCUGCGUCUUGUUUCCUCUUCACAUAAGAGUAAGGUUGAAAAUGGAAGUUGUAGCAUUGCAGUUUUAACAGUUUCUAAACAUCAAGUGUGUUCUGGUUCUUUUUUUUUUUUUUUGAGUCACCGUUAGUCCUAGUUAGACGACACUUAGGCCGACCUUGCUUCACAAAGUCAUUAAUUCCGAAGAUUUUUACAGUUUCAGAGUAGUUUCAUCAGCAUAAGGUCACUGAUUUGUUGCAGCUUAUUAAAUUGCAUUGAAGUUCCAACGUAUGUAUAUUGCUUUAUAUGUGAAUAUAAUGAAUAAUAGUUUUGGGAAUGUUUAAAUAAGUAGACACUUUGUAAAAGGACUAUCAUUUCAUGAUUGAAAGUGUAAAUAAUGUGUAAAGUUACCAAAGCUGCACGCAGGAGAGCGAGGGGUCAGGGAGCACAACGAGCCCACCCAUCCUCACCAGCGCAGCCCUCGUGAUGCAGUUCCCGCAUCACUCUGUCGAAACUACGGAAACCCGCUGACUCACAGCCCUCUAUUUUAUUUCAGUGGUGGGGGAGAUUUUCAUGUUUCUUUUUUUUGUUUGUUUAUUAUUAUUUUUCUAUGUACAAAGUAAGUUUCACCCUACUCUACUGUAAGUAUUGUGUAAGCACAUUGUCAUACGGAGUGUACAAACAUUUUAAAAGAUAAUAAACUUUUUUGUAAAAUUA